AUGGGCUUCCUCAAAGCUGCUGUAGCUUUACCGCUUCUACUCCUGGCCGGCACGGCGGCCCUCCCCAGUGACCAGGCAGCGCCACUCGAACCGCAGCUAUCGCAGAGUUCGACCAUCUACGAUGCCGUCAUCGUGGGCGGCGGUCCGGCUGGCCUUAGCGCUCUCAGUGGGCUUGCUCGUGUUCGUCGAAACGUACUCCUUAUCGACUCGGGCGAAUACAGAAACAACCCCACACGGCACAUGCACGACGUGCUGGGCUACGACGGAGUCACACCGGCGUACUAUCGUUGGGCCGCCCGCGAGCAGUUGUCGCACUACGAGACAGUGUCUGCCAUCAACGGGACGGUGACCAAGGUCGACGUCGAACAAGACAAUACCUUCACCGUGCUGGCUACCCAUCCGUCUGGUGAAGAGUCCACGGUAUGCGCCCGCAAGAUCGUGCUGGCGACCGGCCUGCGGGACAUCCUGCCGGGAACGCCAGGCAUAGAAGAGAACUGGGGUAAGGGGAUCUACUGGUGUCCAUGGUGCGACGGGAACGAGCACGCCGACCAAGCAUUGGGGCUGUUCUCCGACCUCGGGGAUGCGCCAGAUCUCGUUCGCGAGGUCACGACGCUGAACUCGGACGUCAUCGCCUUCGUGAACGGCACCGACACAGCCGAGGCGCGCGCCGCGACCGAGGAGAGCUUCCCGCAGUGGGAGAAGUACCUGGCGCUGCACAACGUGACCGUCGACAACCGGACCAUCAGCGCCCUCACGCGCCUCGCCAAUGGUGCCGCGAGCCCCUCCGAUCCGAGCCUGCCGACGGCGCCCGAGUACGACCUAUUCCGCCUCGACUUUACCGAGGGCGACCCGGUUGAGCGCGCCGCCUUCUUCGUCAGCUGGCCCGAUGAGCAGAAAUCGGACGUUGGCGAGGCGAUGGGCGUGCAACUGUACGGUGGUCGCCUGGCGGCUGAUGGCAGCAAGGGACUCGUCACCAACAUCCCCGGCGUCUACGCCGUCGGCGAUGCUAACGCGGAUAAUGUCACCAACGUUUCUCACGCGCUUUACACUGGCAAACGAACUGCUGUCUACCUCCACGUACAACUGGCCCGAGAAGAGAUCACGGGAGAACUGGCGGCGACCAACGGCACCUCGUUGACGGAGAGAGAUUACGAGUUGGAUCCUCGGACUGUCUGGGAGACGAUGAAUGGCGGGCCUAAGAAUAUUUUAUUCGCUGGCGACUUCGAUCAAUGA